UAGGCAGUGCUGUCGGGCGGUGCGGAGCGCGAGCGGACGCGCGCUGCUGCUGUUGCUGUGAACCGCAGGGAUGUGAGACACGCGCUGUGUACGCGAGAAGAGACAGACAGGACAGGUCUCCUGACAACAUCAAAAGGACGGGACACCUUUCUGACCUGAUUCUGACCGUCUGUGUAAAAGAGGAGGCGAGUAGCAGGUACUAUGUGGCCGCGUUGUGGAUGCGUGCGUACGGCUCUGAGCUCGCGACGAUGUAAAAGGCUACGCGUACGGAUUCUGCGGCAGCUGUGAUCGGGAAUAACUGGGAUUGGAAAACUCAGCGGGGCAUGGAAAACCACGCUGAUCACUGAGCAAAUAAUCAACCAGACAAUCAUUUGCAGACGUAUUCAUUGUGUGCGCCUCCAGGCGCCCCGUUCUUCGAUCGAUUACCACAGUGGAAGAGACACACAGAGCAUUUGAAUGCGAAUUUACACUCAAGGGGUUCGGUGUGAGAGAUUCCGUAGUUUCUGUCCUGCUCAGUUCAAAGCUGCUGGGAAGACCUUAUAGUCAGGAACUGAGCUAUAUCUACACUGAAUGAAGUCUGUGUGCUGCUGGUUUAGAAUGUUGUCACGAUAACAUCAGCCUGACUCCGCUCUGACUGCGGCAGGUGGGAGCCCAAGGGUCAGUCUGUGAGUGAGGACUGAGUCAGGAAUGAAUCAGCGCUGCUUUUGAUUGACGGACAGCUUGGUGGGAAACAAGGCCUCUGGAGAGCGAGAGUCCGAUAACAGGAGUGAAAGCGUCGCCACGGCAAUAUCAUCUUUCAGUCUUCGCUGCCACUCGUCUUUCACAACAUGGCCCCUGCGGUAGCACCGUUCUCUUCUGUCGCUGCCUUUUUGAGGACAUAGAAAGGCACCGGACACACGGACACAUUCCUGCACACUGCCACAGAGGGAAUCUUGGGAAGUGUCUUCAGACUUAAAGGUUCAUAACAGAUGAACAAACUGUGUUAAACAUCAGUACCGUCACCUUUACAGCUAAGCUACUGUUUCCUGGGACUCUCAGUACAAUGAACGUUUUAGGAAGGUGCUGUCUCUGAUUUUAUAUGUUUCUGUGCAACAUCAAAGGCCAAUGCGUGUGGCUCGAGAGCCCAUCAUGGCCAGAACGCUGCUGAAGAUCCACCGCUAUUUCCGGCGCAAACCGGUACGCUUCUUCACCUUCAUCCUCCUCUACCUCACUGCUGGCAGCCUUGUUUUCCUUCAUUCUGGCUUCUCUAGUGAUACUUCCACCACUGGCACCUCUGGAAGCGGUCGUGACCCACUUAUAUCCGAAGGUGGGGGCGGCACAGGUGGUGGGAGCUCUACCUCUGAUGGUCUGGGGCUCCUAGGGAGGGUGUUUAAGGAGACACGGAGAUCCCCCCGGAGAUUUGGACCACCAUGGAUGAAGGAAAAUGGAGCACAGGAUGCACCAGAGUGGGCCGGAAGAGGAGUCGAUCAUGCCAGCAGUUGGAGCCAUGGAGCCAAAGGAAGAACCACCAAAGAGAUGGAUGACGGGAGAGCAAAGUACAUUGGCUGCUAUGUUGAUGACACACAGAAACGGGCUCUUAGAGGUGUGUCCUUUUUUGACUACAAAAAAAUGACUGUGUUCCGUUGCCAGGACAACUGUGCUGAGAGGGGUUAUCUCUACGCGGGUCUGGAGUUUGGAGCUGAGUGCUACUGUGGCCAUAAGAUCCAGGCACCCAACGUUUCAGAGAGUGAAUGUAAUAUGGAGUGUAAAGGGGAGAAGAGUAACCUCUGUGGAGGACCUAAUCGACUGUCCAUAUACAGAUUAGAGCUGAGCCAGGAGUCGGCCCGCCGAUAUGGGAGUGCCAUCUUCAAAGGUUGUUUCAAGAGGCCAGACAACGUGACGCUGGCGCUUCCUGCUAGUGCUGUUAUUCAGAACAUGUCUGUGGACAAGUGUGUUGACAUGUGCACAGAGAAAGAAUUCUCUCUGGCCGCCUUGGCUGGUGAAAAAUGUCACUGUGGGUUUCCCACUCCUCUCUUCACUCUGCAUGAGCAUGAGGAUGAGGAACUGUGUCUCCAGCGAUGCGUAGGGGAAGACUUUGAGAGCUGUGGAAACAAUGACUUCUUUGUAGUGUACCAGACCCAAGUGCAAGAUAAUCGCUGUAUGGACCGGCGCUUUUUACCCACUCGUUCCAAGCACCUAAUGGCACUUGCUAGUUUCCCAGGAGCGGGGAAUACCUGGGCCCGUCACCUUAUUGAACUGGCCACAGGUUACUACACAGGGAGCUACUACUUUGACGGCUCACUGUACAACAAAGGAUUCAAAGGGGAGAGAGAUCACUGGCGCAGCGGUAGAACCAUAUGUAUCAAGACCCAUGAGAGUGGCAGGAAGGAGAUUGAUGCCUUUGACGCUAGCAUCCUUAUGAUCCGGAACCCUUAUAAAGCACUCAUGGCUGAAUUUAACCGAAAGUAUGGCGGCCAUAUUGGAUUUGCCUCUCAAGCUCACUGGAAGGGGAAAGAGUGGCCAGAGUUUGUGAAGAACUACGCUCCAUGGUGGGCAUCCCACACACUAGACUGGCUGAAAUAUGGGAAGAAAGUUCAAGUAGUGCACUUUGAGGAUUUAAAACGGGACCUUUUCUCUCAGUUAAAAGACAUGGUCAUCUUUCUGGGCCUGGAAGUGUCAGAGGACCGCCUGCUGUGUGUGGAAGGACAGAAAGAUGGGAACUUUAAACGCUCUGGGCUCAGAAAGCUGGAAUAUGACCCUUACACGCCUGAAAUGCGUGCCACCAUUGACGGGCUUAUUAAGACUGUGGACACGGCACUCAGAAAGAGAAACAUGUCCGGUGUACCUGGGGAGUACAGGCCCAGAUGAUACUCAUCUCUUGACUUUUGCUUUUUUUCACACACAUUUUUUCCUUGAACUUUUUUCCCUAGAAUAUAAAAUUGUUUAUUGUCAUCCUCCUUGUUUGCUUUCAGUUUGCACAAAAGUACUCCUGAAAAACUGGUUGUCCUAUCACGAAUAAUCUAAAGAUACACUACAUAGUAAGACAUGGGCUUGUGCAACAAUUUGUCCCCUGUUAAUUUGGCUUUAAGUUUAACUACCAUGGAUCCAUCUUCAUUAGGCCAAUUUAAGUGGUUUGUCAUCACGGGCAAUGAUGCUUUUUUAUGAAAGUGCCUGUUGCCGCCAAGACAUCCGGGUCAGCUAUUUAGAUGGACACAUCACAUCUGUGUUUCAUUGAGUUUGCUUUUCCUGCCACUACUGGACUAUGAUCCAUUAGGCACUUCAGUCUAAUUGGGAAUAUAUGGAUAAUGAUUUCAUGUUUAACAUUGGAACCCCAGCUCCCUGUUUCUGAAAAAUAUGUGAACAUUGCCUUCCGAUUAUGAUGCUUCUUAAAACCGAUCAGUAAAAUAGGUAUAUGGACAACAAAAAUCCUCAAGCUGUACCACAUGUAUUAGAUAAAUGCAUGGACAACUCAAAAAACAUGUUGUCUGGUACCUGCCUUCAGUGAUUUGCAGGCAAAUUGCAGAUAUAGUCCUUUAUAGGGCUGUUGAAUUAUAACCAAGUUAGUUUAGAGCACUUCUAUGUUAAAGGGGGGGUAUCACACACAGUUUCUGCCAAUCUCAUGUUAAUCUCGGGUACAUAUAGAGUAGUAGUGCAUCCUUCAUCUCCAAAAAGUCUUUAGUUUUAUCAUAUUUACAAAAGAUACAUACGCUGUCCCGAGUCUUUCCGAAAACAGCCGAGCGCCUGGAGGCGUGCCGUGUGAGCAGAGCUAAAGAGUCACGAGCACGCGCAGCUUUUGCGUAGCGAUCGUCUGCAAGCUGUCAAUGGUCUGCUAAACAAAUGUAUUUAAACACACACAAUACACCAUCGCAUUAUCCCUGGAUAACUUUUGAAUCACUAUAAUGAAUAUAGCGUAUGAAUGAUGAAUUUAUGAAUUCACUACGUUUGUGUUGUUUACAUUAUAUGCACUUAGGCGCCUAUUGCCAACAAAACAGACUUUUGAAGCAGUUUUACUCACCACCUGCGGUUCCGACUCAUGACCGGGAUCAUUACUGCUGUGACCGCUCCAUCUUUCAGUUUCAAACGAUCUGUAAAUCCAGCGUUGAACUGGGCCUUGUUUAUGAAACCAUAAGCGCCGAUGCUGAGGGCUGGAGCACCCACAGAAAAACACGAGAUAUUCUCCAUUCAUUUUAACCAAUAAAAAAGUGAUUGCAACUAUCAGUUUCUAUGGUUAUUUUAAUAACAAAUAUCGAGAGCGCAUCAAUGUAAUGCGUGAGCACAAAACUCUCAGCUCCACUGAACACUGGGUUCUUUGGGAAGCAAGGUUAUCUUUGCCUCACAACCCAAAACACCCUUCUUUGGUGACAUUGUUGAUUUCGUGAAGUCCUGUGACCUGUGCAGCACUGCCGACGACUUCUGUAAAGCCAAACGCGCGUUGAUGGGCGUGCUCUUGCUCUCUCACUCUGGUCGACGUGUGCGCACGCGCUCUUCCGGGAGAAGUGCCCGUACAAGGAAUUCCGUCCCCGUUGACGUCACACAGGGCCAUACUCGAAAAAAAGACAGCAAAGUUUAUGAGGAUUUGGAAGAGUAUUUUUGGCACAGAAAUACUCCGUAAUACGUCCAACUCGUGUUUUGAAACUUUGGUCAUGUUUAGCAUGAGAAUCCAACUCUUUAACAGUGUAAAUAAGUCAGAAUUCAUGAAAUAGCAUUAUACUCCCCCUUUAAGAUCAUUUCUUCAAGUUAAAUGAUUUACCUUUCUAUUUUCACUGAGGUUUUAAGAUAUAUUUGCAGUGGGCAAUCAAAAAAAAAAAAAAAACAAUUCAUCUUGUGUUCACAAAGUAAAAGAAAUUGGGGCUUCUUGUAAAUUGCUAAAAAUAACACAUUGACUGACACUUUACUCCUUUUCUCCAUCAUAUUUAUAGUAAUCUAUUAAAGGGAUACAAGAUGAAAAUUCUGUUAUUUUUUUGUUUGUUUUUGAUAGACAUGGUCACUAUAGACACAGCUCCUACUGUAUGUGAGAAGAGUUGUGUAUUGAUUCUUAAAACAUUUGGAACGACAUAAAGAUGACACAUUUUCAUUUAUUUUUUGAUUACCUAUCCCUUUAAGCAAAAAAAAACCCUUCCUCACCAAUUUAUGUUUCGGUUUAGACUAUUAGUAUAGUUGCAGCACAGUAUUGAAUAACUUCCCUUUUUCCAUUGACAUACCUGAAAAGAUUCAAAAAUCAAAUAAUUCCUCCCAAAUUAUGUCAGGUUUUGGAUGCAAUUAUAAACUUGUUCCCUGUAGAAAUGUUCAGAAUUGUUCUUUUUGUUUUCAGUGUUUUAAUUGCAGAAGUCUUUUUUUUUAUUCAAAACAGAAAAUCAACAUUAUAAUCUAUAAAAUAAUCUAGAAUUAAGGGGUGAAAGCAAGUAUUAAGCAAUGUGCUAAAAAGAGACAAAAAAAAGAGCACCUCACGGGUAAAUUUCUGCUUUUCAGCUAGAGACCUAACAAAUAAAAUUCAAUAUAUGUAAAUAAAUACACAUAUAUAUUUUUGUAAUGCUCACAUGGAGAAUUACUUUCAAAGACGGAAAAGUAUCACCUCUAUUUUUGAAAAGGCUUUUAAAUUUGAGCAUUACAUGCUUUUCAUUUCAAAAAGGAACAAACCUGAAGUGUCUUUCUGAAUGUAUUUUGUAUGGAAUGAAUGUAAGGAAUUUCUACCAAAUAGGAAAAUCAGAGUGAUUGCCAGCAGUGUAAAGGAAAUUAAUGAUUUCUAUUAAAAUUGUAAGCUGAGAGAACUGUGUGAAUGAGGAAAGCUUUUGCUCUUGUUUGGUGCUUGAUGCAUAGGAUGUCCUGGUCAAUAAAUUGUAAAGCCCCAAA